AUGGCGAGGGAACUACCGGUGUCCAUCCUUAUAGUCAACCCAAACUCUUCCAAGUCCAUGACCGAAGGUCUCCAACCCAUCCUUGCCGACCUGAUGCAUCCUCAACUCGUUCUGCAAUACCUUACGGGCCCAGAGCAAUCACCGCCAUCCGUGAAUGAUUUCACCACGUCCGUCAUCUCAGCAGCACACACCUUUCCCUCCCUCCUCCCGCUGCUCGUCCCAGAAACGCCCGGUGCCCCGGACGCGUACCUCGUAGCGUGCUUCUCUGAUCACCCCUUGGUAGGGAUGCUCAGGGAACACACCCAUAAACCUGUCAUCGGUAUCUUCGAGGCAUCGGUCACACACGCACUGGCACUCGGACAGCCCUUCGGGAUCGUCACCACGGGGAAGUACUGGGAACGAGCGCUCACCGACGGCGUUCAGAGGAUGUUCGGUUCUGGGAAUAUCGGCGGCGCGUUCGUGGGUGUCGAGAGCACAGGGAUGACUGCGCUCGAACUGCACGAAAAACAAGCGGAGGUGGUCGCGGCGGGGAUUUCGGCCGCUGCUUCGAGGAUGGUUGGGAGAGGGGCGAGAACGAUCAUCAUGGGUUGCGCAGGUAUGAGUGGGAUGGAGCGGGCGGUGCAGGAAGGAUGCGUUCCAGAGCGCGGCCUCUGGCAUCUACACAGUGAUAUGAGUGCCAAUGGAUUCAGAUUGAGCUGCCAGACCAGUACGAGGGGUUCAUGA